AUGGCCAGCGCCACUCCAAUAUCCUCGCAAAUUCCACCGUAUCAACCCAGAGGCGACUCCAAAGGUCAAUCAGCUUCAUUACAUACCUUUGAUCCGCGCUCAGGCGUCCUGCUCAACUUUCCGGAGCUCGGCAGCUUCGGCCGGGAGAUCUUCGUCUCCCAGGUCAUGACCCAGAAACGUAAACAUAGCCAUCAUCUCGCCGAUCGUUGGAAUCAAAGACCGGCAAACAAACGCAACCGGCCCAUUCUGACCGCUAUCAACCCCAACCAAAACAUCCCCAACGGCUUGAACAGCACCACCACUACCAUCCUUAUCGCCAGCCUCCAGCCGAUCCUGUUGCUUGCGCGCGCGAUUUCGAGCGUCUUUCCCUCUCCCACCAACACUUUCCUCCCCUCAAGAGUACGCAGACAAACUCACUCCAUAAACCCCCAUCACAAUUCAUCCCAGAGCUUACUAUACUCACUCAACUACUCCCGCCCAUCUCAAACACCCAUCCUCAUCUCCUCCUUUUCUGCUACCAACACCGUCGGCUCACGGGAUCUUCAAAAAAAUAGAAACCACUAA